GUCGUUAGCAUGCGACCAAAUAGAACGCCAGUGUUUUGAACGUCACUAGCGUGCGUGCCCGGUGAAAAGUGUUGAACUGAAGUGAGGUGAAAACUCUGUCCACUUUUUUAUUCAGUAAGUCUGAAACCUGCUUUAAGGUGGAAAUGGCAGACUUAGGGUUGAAAGCAGGUGACCGGGUUCUGUUGGUGUGGACUCAGCCAUCGUCUCCAGCACUUUUGAAGGAAUUCGCAGAAAGUCUGGGGGGCCUUGUAGGCGAAAAGGGGUUGCUGUCGGUGGAGAAUAUGGAAAGACUGGUGUUAUCUUCUCAUGCUACAUCCAGCUAUGAUUGGAUUCUAUCUGGACUCCUGCCUGACAGCUCGCCUGUCCACAGCUCUGAGUUCCUGGAGGAGAUUGCUAGAAUCAUGAAACCUGGAGGGAAGUUAGUUCUGGAGGAGGCGGUUACUGGCUCUGAAAGCAAUGGUGUGAGGACAAAAGAGAAGCUUAUGUCAGUCCUGAAGCUGUCAGGUCUGAUAUCAGUCACUGAGGUUAGAAAAGAACCCCUGAGCUCAGAGGCCACUACAGCUCUGAGAACAGUCACAGGCUUCCAGGGGAACACCCUGUCACGGGUGCGCAUUUCAGCAGCUAAGCCCAAUUAUGAGACGGGGUCCUCCAGCCAGCUGAAGCUCAGCUUCGCCAAGAAAACCCCUAAACCAGCAGAGAAGCCCGCCCUUGACCCAAGUGCAGCCAAGAUGUGGACUCUGUCAGCUAAUGACAUGGAUGAUGAUGACGUGGACCUGAUGGAUUCAGAUGCUCUUCUGGACGCAGACGACCUGAAGAAACCAGACCCCGACUCUCUCAAAGCCCCCACAUGUGGUGAAGGUGCAAAGAAGAAAAAGGCUUGCAAGAACUGUACAUGUGGCCUAGCUGAGGAGUUGGAUCAGGAGAACAAAGGAGCACAGGAAGUCAGCCAGCCAAAAUCAGCCUGUGGAAGUUGUUAUUUGGGGGAUGCCUUCCGAUGUGCCAGCUGUCCAUACCUUGGGAUGCCUGCUUUUAAACCAGGGGAGAAAGUGGUAUUGGACAAGAUGCAGAUCACUGAUGCGUAGAUGCUUCAUUGGUGCCUGCCCGGCCUACAUUCCUCCUCAUGCCCCUGUCCCAUCCCAUCCCAUCCCAUCCCAUGCCAUGCAUCCUCUGGUAUUGGAUCUCAGCACAGUCAGAGGCGGGAGUCACCCUCACCACAUACGUUUCAGACAUGUUUUGAGCUGCAUGUUCUUUCGUGGCACUGAGGAGAGUGAAGGAGCAGAUGCUCAUGCUGAUGUACAUUAUGUGCACUUGAUACCCUACCAAUUGAAGUAGAAAUUGCUUUAUGUUGAUCUCUGCCAAAUGCGGCAGUAAAGAUCCCUGUAUAACAAACAAUGCGCACAAAAUUCUGAAUUGUAUACUGAUCUGUCUGUAUAAAGUGUAAUACUUAAGAAUAAAUAUGUAAUUAUCAGUGAUGUUA